CAGCUCCAUCCCUGCAAAGCCCAGGCAGGGGCAGAGCCUGGGCAGCAGAGAGCCUGGGGCCCUUAUGUCCCCAGCGUGUGGAGGCACCAUGCCCUCACCGGCUGGGACACCAGACAGCGCCAGAAGUCCUGCAGACCUGCCUGCAGCAGACCCCUGACACUCCUGAGGAAAGCCCAGACUGGGCCGGCAACACCUGUCCCCGUCAGCCAUGCAUGCAGACAGCUGCUCCAGGCCUCCCCUGUCCCCGGGUCCAAGAUGAUACCCAACAGCACCAGGGCGGUGCCCAGCUCCAUUCCCGUGGGUGCCUUGGGGCUCUCCCUGGCCCUGGCGAGCCUCAUCGUCGCUGCUAACCUGCUCCUGGCCGUGGGCAUCGCCAGGGACCGGCACCUGCGCACCCCACCCGCCGGCUGCUUCUUCCUGAGCCUGCUGCUUGCCGGGCUGUUCACGGGGCUGGCGCUGCCCGCGCUGCCGGGCCUCUGGAGCCAGAGCCGCCGGGGCUACUGGUCCUGCCUCUUCCUCUACUUGGCGCCCAACUUCUCCUUCCUCUCCCUGCUCGCCAACCUCCUGCUGGUGCACGGCGAGCGCUACAUGGCGGUGCUUCGGCCCCUGCGGCCCCGCGGGAGCACGCGGCUGGCCCUGCUGCUCACCUGGGCCGGCCCCCUGCUCUUUGCCAGCCUGCCUGCCCUAGGCUGGAACCACUGGGCCCCCGGCGCCAACUGCAGCUCCCAGGCGGUCUUCCCAGCCCCCUACCUCUACCUAGAAGUCUACGGGCUCCUGCUGCCAGCCAUGGUGGCCGCCGCCCUUCUCUCCGCCCGCGUGCUGGCGGCUGCGCGCCGCCAGCUGCGGGACAUCCGCCGCCUGGAGCGGGCGGUGUGCCGAGGCGCGCCCUCGGCCCUGGCCCGGGCCCUCACCUGGAGGCAGGCCAGGGCGCACGCCGGGGCCACGCUGCUCUUCGGGCUGUGCUGGGGGCCCUAUGCGGCCACCCUGUUCCUCUCGGUCCUGGCCUUCGAGCAGCGCCCGCCGCUGGGGCCCGGAACUCUGCUGUCCCUCAUCUCGCUGGGCAGCGCCAGUGCGGCGGCCGUGCCCGUGGCCAUGGGGCUGGGUGACCAGCGCUACACAGCCCCCUGGAGGGCGGCCGCCCAGAGGUGGCUGCGGGUGCUGUGGGGAGGAGCCUCCCCGGGCAGCCCGGGCGCGGGCACUGCCUACCGCGCCAGCAGCCAAAGCAGCGUGGACCUCGACUUGAACUAGGGGAGGGGCCUCCACUCGCUCCCACCAGACGUGGCCGUCCGCCUUGGCCACCAAGCCUAUCUUCUCCAGUCCCCAUGCCUCCAGAUCAGACACUCCGCCCUUAUCUGACCCCACCCUGACGGAAUAAAGCUCCUCCAGCCCAG